AUGCUCAUCGGCGGCUCAACGGACGCGGACAAUCGGAUUGGAGGCCGCGUGGGGGGUUCCGAUGAAGAGUACUUCUUAUGGUCCCGACCUACACACCUCCAGUCAGGGUACGGAAACAUGAAGAUUCAGUUGGAGAGGGGAUGUACGGAUACAUACAGGAUUAGCUUAGAGUAUGGUGGUUCCGAUCUGAUCUACCUACGGUACAAUACCAAUACACGCAAUACCACACUUCCAUACCAUGUAACUAUUCCGUAUUACAUAUACGAUCUCUAUUCUUUAUACUCCAACCCCAAUGCACAUACAGCAAGAUUCUGUAUGGUUACACAUCUUUCAGCCAGCCAGCCUAAGGUACCGCCCAACAUGGUAUCCCUAGGAGUAACUAGUCCCUACGGUCUACUCAGCACCAACCUGAAGAUUCCAUCCACACAGAUAAACAACCACACCACACCGUCUCUUCAGUGA